AUGAAGCAGGCGGUGGGGAAGCGGAGCCCUCUGCAUGUGGCGUUUUCUCGAAGCCCCAGAAACUUUGAGGCAAAUGACUUCACCAGUAAUCAAGGCGUGUCUAUCAUUGGGAUGAUGAGCCGCUCGUACCUUUGUAGGAGUCCGCGAAAUGCCCAUUCGUCGACCCCACCGCAAAUCCAGGCAUGGCUGCAAGGCCUGGCUCAUCUCCUAAUCUAUCUCUUUAAGUGCGAUGAAGUACGGCCGACCUGUUCUAAUUGCAAACAACGGCAAGAAGACUGUGACUAUGGCACAGAUACCCCCUAUAUCUGGGCUACCGAGGAAAAUGUCCCUCGGCGGCGAACGCGAAGCCGAGUGAAAACAUCUUCCUAUGGUGGGGAUACUGUGUUACCAUCAGCAGAUACCUCUUUCGACCUGUUAGACAGGUUUGGAACAAAUGGCACAACGGCCAACCCUAGUCCAGGCCUGGAGAUGAAUCAGCUGAAGCUCAUAGUCCAGUGGCAAAAGGAUACGUACCGAUUCCUUUCGCGGAAUGAAGAAACAAAGCAUGUGUGGGGGGUACUGCUUGUUGAGGAAGCCUUAAAUACGCCUUUCUUAAUGCACGGCAUCCUAGCUGUGUCCGCGUUGCACCUCUCCUUAUCUGAAGUUGAACCACAGAAAUCUUUCUGGCUAAGGUUAGCCACAGCACACAAAAGCCAAGCACUUCCACAAUUUCUGGAAAAGCUCCAUAAUGUCGAUGCAGCGAACGCAAAGGCAAUGAUGGGCCUCUCUGGGCUGGUAGUUGCAUUUGCCUUCGGCUCUGCAUUGACCGGAGUCUCUGACGCGGACCAGCCCUGUUUAGAUAGCCUGCACAACGUAUUUACCCUUUGUCGCGGUGUCCAGCAGAUCAUUAACGUUGCUUAUACCCUACGACACACUAAUUUUGCUCCUCUCUUCGAUCCAACUCCACCACAAAUUGCUUAUCCCGAUCGUGCCAAAGAAUCGCUCGAUCGCCUCGAACAGCUCAAUAUCGCGUAUGGGACGGGCGGGGAACAUGAUACUGCUGCAUACGCGCGUGCUAUUCAAGAGUUAAGAGCACUGUCUGUCCACACGUUUGCUCAACCGACUUCCAUGAUGCUGGCUGUGGGGUGGGCUAUUAGGGCGACCCCCGAGUAUCUCCAAUACGUGCAGCGACACGAACCUUUCGCACUCGUUGUUCAUGCUCAUUACUGCACCUUCCUCCAUAUAGCGCGAGAGAAUUGCUUCCUUCAAUAUUGGGGAAGCUGCGUGCUUAGGGAAAUCUAUGAUCUACUGGAUUCCACGUGGAGACCUUAUCUCACUUGGCCUAUUAAUGAAGUCUUUGGGGAGAAUGUGGAUUUGUGA